GGCGGAGCAGCAGCUUGGGUGCGGGUUGGAAGCUGGAGCGGGGUUUGUUUCGCUGGGACAAGCCUGCCGACGGGACUAUGGAUUUAUUGAGGACUAUCGCUUACCAGCCGGGCAGUACAGCAGCCGGCGGUGGCAGCGGCAGCAGCAGCGGCAAGAUGGGCGAGCAGGCGCUGGGAAAGUCCUGCAAUGGGGAAUCGCGAAGGAAGAAAGCGGCGGAGUCGGCGGCCGAGCAGCAUCACCACCACCCGCACUCGGCCACCGAGAUCUCUCGGAUUAUUACCGACCCCACCACGGGAAGGCGAUACUGCCGCGGCAAAGUGCUGGGAAAGGGCGGCUUUGCAAAAUGCUACGAGAUGACGGAUCUGACCACGAACAAAGUCUAUGCUGCAAAGAUCAUUCCUCACAGCCGAGUAGCCAAACCUCAUCAAAGGGAAAAGAUUGAUAAAGAGAUUGAGUUGCACAAGAUGCUCAAUCACAGGCACAUUGUGCAGUUCUACCACUACUUUGAGGACAAAGAGAACAUUUACAUUCUGUUGGAGUAUUGCAGCCGAAGGUCUAUGGCUCACAUAUUGAAAGCAAGGAAGGUGUUGACGGCACCAGAAGUGCGAUACUACCUCAGGCAGAUUGUGUCGGGAUUAAAAUACCUUCACGAACAGGAGAUCUUACACAGAGACCUGAAGCUAGGUAAUUUUUUCAUUAACGAUUCCAUGGACUUGAAAGUGGGUGACUUUGGGUUGGCAGCAAGGCUGGAACCGCUGGAGCACAGGCGAAGAACCAUCUGUGGCACACCAAAUUACCUCUCCCCAGAAGUUCUGAACAAACAAGGGCAUGGCUGUGAAUCUGACAUUUGGGCCUUGGGCUGCGUCAUGUAUACAAUGUUACUCGGAAGGCCUCCAUUUGAAACAACCAAUCUGAAGGAAACUUACAGGUGUAUAAGGGAAGCGAGAUAUUCCUUGCCAUCAUCUUUGUUGCCUCCUGCAAAGCACUUGAUUGCAAGCAUGUUGUCGAAAAACCCGGAAGACCGCCCCAGCUUAGAUGACAUCGUUCAACACGACUUCUUCUUGCUGGGCUUCACUCCAGAGAGGCUUCCAGCUAGUUGUUGUCAUACAGUUCCUGACUUCAAUUUGUCAAGCCCGGCUAAGAAUUUCUUCAAGAAGGCAGCUGCAGCUCUCUUUGGGGGCAAGAAGGAAAAAGCAAGAUAUUUUGACACACACAAUCGGCUUGCUAAAGAAGAUGAAGAAAUAUACAAGCUUAGACAUGACUUGAAAAAGACCUCAAUAACCCAUCAACCCCUGAAACACAGACCAGAGGAGGAGAUCCAGCCUCCCAGCACCACUGUAGCCAAACCUGGCAUGCUAGCAGAAACCAAACAAAUCGGAGAUGCUAUCCGGAUGAUAGUUCGGGGGACAUUGGGAAGCUGUAGCAGCAGCAGCGAAUGCCUUGAAGAUAGUACUAUGGGGAGCGUGGCUGACACUGUGGCUAGAGUGUUGCGCGGCUGUCUGGAGAACAUGCCAGAAUCUGACCACAUUCCCAAAGAACAACUGGCUGCGUCUUUCCAGUGGGUCACGAAAUGGGUGGAUUACUCAAAUAAAUACGGCUUCGGUUACCAGCUGUCAGACCACACAGUGGGCGUUCUCUUCAACAAUGGUGCUCACAUGAGUCUUCUUCCAGACAAAAAAACAGUCCAUUACUAUGCAGAGCUUGGUCAGUGCUCAGUGUUUUCCGCUCCUGAUGCCCCUGAACAGUUCAUCAGUCAAGUAACUGUUUUGAAGUACUUCUCUCACUACAUGGAGGAGAAUCUCAUGGAUGGAGGUGAUCUGCCCAGUAUAACAGAUGUCCGUAGGCCCAGACUUUACCUCUUACAGUGGUUGAAAUCUGACAAGGCAUUGAUGAUGCUCUUCAAUGAUGGCACCUUCCAGGUGAACUUCUACCAUGACCACACAAAAAUCAUCAUAUGCAACCAAAAUGAGGAAUAUUUGCUUACUUAUAUCAAUGAAGAUAGGUUAUCGACAACGUUUCGCUUGACGACCCUUCUGAUGUCUGGCUGUUCCCUGGAUCUAAAACAGCGAAUGGAAUAUGCGUUGAAUAUGCUGUUGCAAAGAUGCAAUUAAAUUAAAAAGAACUCUUCUAAAACCAAAAGGACUUCUCUCACUGAAGUCUACAGCGGAGGCAGUUGGAAAAAGCUAGUAUGUUGAUGAAUGAGUGAGGAGUAGGGACUGGUACGAACGAAUAUCUUAUGUGCUGGGCUGGUACCAGACAUGGAGCCUACUGCAGCCGUCUUUGUUGGAUUAAUGGUGUGUCAAGGAAUUCUCUUGGAGUGUAGCUUUCCUUGGUUCACUCCCUUUUGAAAGAUAUGAGUUGGACUUGAAGCUCUGCAGAGAACAGUUCUGAUGGAGGACUUAAAACUGUGAAUAACACUUGAGGAAUUGGGAGGGAGGGAAAUCUCAUUGUUGUCGAAUAACUAUUUGGGGCAGCUUGUGGCUGCUUAACUGUGAACUAUGGCCAUACAUUUUUUUCUUAUUUCUUCCAAGAACUGAUCACACUUGUGGCUGGCAAAGUGCAUUCCUUGUUAAUAUUUUUUUUUAUUUAUUACAGCCCAAAGUGAAGUAUUUAUUACAUACAUUUUUUUGCAACCGUGAUUUUAAAUAUACAUUUGUUGGCAAUAAAGAGUGGGAAAAACCUGAA